AUCAUCGGGGUUUUGAUAAGGAUGUCUCAGUCCAAAGUAGCUAUGAAGAAAGAUUCUAUGAGGAAGAAUAAGAAACUGGUUAUAAAUAUUGCUCUAGAUAAAGAAGUUCUUGCUUUGCGAUUAGAAGCUGAUCAUGAUCUUGGUUCUUUAAGAGAUGAGAAAGAGAGUUUUAAAUCAUCAGAGAGACGAAGAGAUGUGGUUUGUUCCAAAGCUGAAGAUAUUGUUGAUAAGGCAAUUGAUGAUCAUUCUAGUAUUAGAGGAGAUGGGAUCAUGCGGGAGGUUGAUGUCGGAACAGGUUUAUCGGGCGCGUUAAACCGUCUAAGAGAGCAAGGAACUUUCAAGGGGGAAAGCAAGAUUGUAGGGGUUAAGGACAAUCAUGAAGAUGACAGAUUCAAAGAUAGAUUUAAGGAUAUAGAGAUUCAGAGGGUGGACAAGUGGGGAAGGAUAUUGACUGAGAAGGAAGCGUAUCGGUCACUGUGUCAUAGAUUCCAUGGGAAGGGACCUGGGAAGAAGAAGCAAGAGAAACAGAGGAAGAAGCAUGAAGAUAAGUCAAAACAGAUGGAAUCUACUGAGAGAGCUGUGGAAAGAAUUAGAGAUGUUCAUGCCAUAUCCAAGAGUCCUUACAUUGUUCUCUAAUCAUAAACUUCUCUUUGAUUUGCCUUUUAUGAUAAUCUCAAAGACAUUUAAAUAAAAACUUCAUAGGUUUGGUAUUUUAAUUUGCCUGAUAUUUUCAAGAUUUCUUGUAUGUUUCUACAUCAAAUAAACAUUGCUUUUCACC